AUGCAGUUCAACUAUCUUCUCACACUUAUUGCCGCCGCCGCGACAGGCGCCAACGCAAACGUCGCCGCCACGCGAGCGCUGCACCUCGCCGAUUUCCGCGUUUACAGCCAACCAGGCUGCGAUGGCGGCAAUCUGGGAAUAGUCUCGGUUUACGAGGGCGACGUCCGACCCGGUGGUUGCAAGCAACUCGUUGACCACAACAUCAAGUCCGUUUCAACCGUUGACAUCAACACAAACUGCAAGCUGUACUUCUUCACCGACUUGGAAUGCAGGGCUGGGAAGGAAGAAGUGACUUGGAAGAAAUGCUAUGGCUCUCUCGACGGGAUCAAGAGCUGGAACAUCAAGUGUGAUUGA